UCCCUCACUCACUCACUCCCUCACUCACUCUCUCCCUCACUCACCGGGCUGCACGAGACUCUUCUUCCUCACCACCAACAUCCUCCUCCUCCCUCCUCUUCUUCCUCCUCCCUCCUCCUCCUCGGUGUGGAUGGAGGGAUGCUAACGGGAGAGCUUCAUCAUCAUCAUCUUCUUCAUCACCGUGCAUCAUCAUCAUCAUCAUCAUCAUCAGCACCACCACCAUCCUCCUCCUCCUCCUCCUCCUCCUCACCGGAGAGAGCAGCAGCAGCAGCAGCAGCAGCAGGAGCAGCUCUCCGUGGGCUAAAAAAGUUAAGGAGGAUCCGGUUUAAUAACGGAGCACCGGAGGGGGCUCGUGCCCGGCGUUAACCCGGGAUAAUCCGCCUUGACACGGUUGAUUUCCACUUUGGACUCCAUGGAAACGGAUCCGGUGCAGUUUUCUGAAGGGAUUUAUUGUGCAUUUACCGGAUCACUCCCGGUCUCGCGCUCCACAGAGGUCCCCGGUACUGAAACUGAUCUCCGGUGUGGUUUUUAAUCUCUGACGUGACGGGGUGCCCCCCAGAUGCUGUAACGGAUUCCUGGUGGUUAAACGGAUCAAUAACGGAUUUCUGUCGUUUAACAGCCAACUCCAGAGCGGAUUUUUUUCUGCGUUUUUAAAACUGACACCUAAACGGAUUUCUGUCGGUAGUGAAACGGAUCCCCGGACAGUCCCGGGUGGACCUGACGGUUCACUCACCGACGGUAGAGAAGAGGUAUAAAAGCAGGUGAAAGCUGCCGGUUUUAACGGGGGAAAAAGGGGGGGGGACUGAAGUAAGUCUCCAAUAACGGAUCACCACCCGAGGGGAAGAAACGGACCCGGGAGUCGCCGCUUCCCGACGGGGGGUGGGGGGGGGGGGGGGCCGGAGAAGAGAAGUUACCGGAGGAGUUAAUGAUCGGACACCCUUCAUCAUUAGGCUGCUCUCACUAACGGGGAUGGACUGAUUGAUGGAUUUUUAACGGAUAAAAAAACCCGCCUCCUUCUCCAAUUUUCUGCUCUUUUUCUCCCCCCUUCCUCCCCUUCCUCUCCUCCUCUCCCCCCAGAUUACACAGAAUCGAUACAUUCCGGGGUAUCAAUCAUUUUAAAUCCGUUUUCCAUCCAUCAGCCUCCAGAGCCGUACAGCUGGGAUCGUUUAGACCCAGUGGAAUACCGAGUGAAUGAUCUCCUCCACGGUGGAAUAAACCCACAUGCUGGCCGUAAAUUAUCCACUUAACCCCCCUCAAGAGAGAAAGAGGGAGAGAGACAUAGACAGAGACCGCAGUGAGGGAGUUAUUACCUUUUCAUUAAACUAAACUAAAAGCAUUUAAACGGCAGUAAAACACUAUUCUGUAACUGUGUCAGACUGAGAGCCUGUGCCUCCGUUUUCCAGCUUGAAGGUUUUAUGUAAAGAAAUUAACCAGGAAAAUCCCUUUUAAAAUCUCCUUAAAUAUUCCUAUAACAGGAUUCUGAAAAAUCUUUAUGUGACAAUAAAUGUCUGUUUGAAAAAUUGUGUGGUGACUUUUCCACAUAAGAGUGACUAAAAGCUGAGCUUAAUCAGUCCUUGUCACAUAUUGUGUGAAUUUCUUGACAAAAAUUCAAAUUCUAAUGUUUAUUGUAAUAAAAAAAAUUAAUUAAAAAUAUUGGCUGUUCAUGUGUCCCGUGUUUAAAACUGAAAUGUAAUCAAAAUAGUCUUCGAGAUACUUCCAGUACAUCUGUGGCUCCUAACGCUGACCUUAAUGUUCUGCGAUGUGUUUUUCAUCUCCCACUGUAUCAUCAUAAUAAUCCCAUAAUAGUCCGAUAGGGGUUUAUUUAUGCUUCACUGCAGGUCUGGAGGAGCUUUAACUCUGAAGAAAUUAACUUUACAGCAACCUGGGGACAGAACCUGCUGCUUUAAAUCUCCAGUGUUAGAGUGACCAUUUCUGAAGGUCUAAAAUGAGGAUCUCCAUCAUCCAAGAGUGAUUUUAAUGCAUAAUCUGUGAACUAAACUGUGACUUCGUUGAUUCCCAUUGUAUAGGGUCUUAACAAGGCUUUAUUUCCAGUCUAACACCUCUAACUGUGGUGGUUUAGAGUUUAUCUUACACAGCUGAUUCCCAGUGAAAGCCUAUGGAUGGUACGCUCACUGUAUAGCCACAUCCUCAACAGCAUACCUCCUCCUCCUCCUCCUCCUCCUCCUCCUCCUCCUCAACCUCCUUUAGAACUUGAAAUCGAGCCAUGCAGCAUUGAUUUUUUUCUCCUCACCACAAAACCAAAACGCACAUGACCAUCUCAUCCUUUCUGUUUUGUCAGUUUUGUUGUCUGAAAUGUAAGACGUGCUGCAGUGUUGAUUUUCUACCUCCGACUCAGAGCUGAAGGACGUUCAUAGUGUUCUAGCAGUGGUUGAGGUCAGAGUUCAGCUUUUCAGAAAUAUAACUGCUGGAGUUUCAGCAUCAGUGGCUGGAGGCUUGACAGACUGAGAACUGGAAUCUUUGGGACGAACCAAACACAAGGACAUCUCUUUCUGUACGUUAAAUCGUCUCUGAACUAGCUGGAAUCUGCCUCGAGCAUAAAUGAAUGUUUUUCUGAAUCAGAACUUGUUUCUGACUCUGAACUUCGAGAACAUUUCUUUGCCGUUAGAGUGACACGUAGCUAAAUGGGUCUGAACGACAGCAGCCCGGGCGCCAUGCGGAAUGGACGUGGCCUCUCGGACCAGUGGGCAGAGUCAGUGGUGGUCCGGCCUCGAACCACCGAGCGCCACAUCACAGUGCACAAGCGGCUUGUGCUGGGCUUCGCCCUGUCCAUCCUCACCCUCAUCAUAGUCACGGCGGUGGCUGUGGUGCUCAGCGUCCGCUUUGAGGAGUGCGGCGGACGGGAUCGUGAUGGAGUGACAGGGGAGUCAGGUUCACGAGGCAGUGGAGGGUCAGCAAAGUUGAACGGGAGCAGAGGGGAGAGGACGGGGGAGAGGGGGGAUGAGGAGACGGUCCAGCCAUGGAGGAAUUCACGGCUUCCGGGUUCGGUGAGGCCGCGACAUUACGACCUGCGGCUUGCUGUCUACAUGGACAACUUCACCUUCUCCGGAGAGGUCAGCAUUGAGCUGGAGUGCAUCAACGCCACCCGAUUCAUCGUGCUGCACACUGACCGACUUGAGGUGGACCGGGUGUCCGUCACUGCAGAGAGUGGCGCUGGCGGCCGCCCUGCCAACAGGCCCGGGGGCGGAGCCAUGCGCAUCCACCGCCACUUCCCCUACCCGGCCAAUCAGAUGUAUGUCGUGGUGCUGCACCGCGAGAUGAAGCCAAUGAGAGUUUACCGACUCAACGUGAGCUUUGACGCCGCCAUCGAGGAUGAGCUGCUGGGCUUCUUCAGGAGCUCGUACACCCUGCAGAGAGAGAGACGUUACCUGGCGGUGACUCAGUUCAGUCCCAUCCAUGCGAGGAAGGCCUUCCCCUGCUUCGACGAGCCCAUCUACAAGGCCACGUUCACCCUGACCCUCCGCCACGACCCGCAGUACACCUCACUGUCCAACAUGCCCGUGGAGAGCAGCUCGCUGUCCGACGAGGACGGCUGGGUGACCAAUCGCUUCGCCCGCACGCCCCGCAUGUCCACGUACUACCUGGCCUGGGCCGUCUGUAACUUCACCUACAGAGAGACGCAGACCGACAGUGGCGUGACGAUCCGUCUGUAUGCUCGACCGGAUGCCAUUUCUAGCGGAGAGGGCGACUACGCUCUCCACAUCACCAAGAGACUUCUGGGAUUUUACCAGGACUACUUUAAAGUCCAGUACUCACUGCCCAAGCUAGACUUGUUGGCCGUACCCAAACAUCCGUACGCUGCCAUGGAGAACUGGGGGCUGAGCGUCUUUGUGGAGCAGAAGAUCCUGUUGGAUGCCGAGGUGUCGUCGUCAUCCUAUCAGAUGGAGCUGACCAUGGUGGUCGUCCACGAAAUCUGCCACCAGUGGUUUGGUGAUCUGGUGACUCCGGUCUGGUGGGAGGACGUCUGGUUGAAAGAAGGUUUUGCUCAUUUCUUCGAGUAUGUUGGCACCGACUUCCUCUUUCCAAAGUGGAACAUGGAGAAGCAACGCUUCCUGACUGAUGUCCUCCAUGAGGUGAUGCUAUUGGAUGGUCUAAGCUCCUCCCACCCGAUCUCCCAGGAAGUGGAGCAGGCGACAGACAUUAACCGAGUCUUCGACUGGAUCGCCUACAAAAAAGGGGCAGCGUUAAUCCGGAUGCUGGCUAACGUGAUGGGGCAGUCGCUGUUCCAGAAAGGACUCAAUGAUUAUCUGCUGAGUCACAUGUACAGCAACGCAGCCAGAGACGACCUGUGGAACAAACUGACUCAGGCCAUGCGCUCAGAGGGGCGGGACAUCGACAUCAGAGGGAUGAUGGACAGGUGGACUCUACAAAUGGGCUACCCCGUUGUUACCAUCAGCAAGAACCAAUCAGAGCAGCUCCCUACUCAUUACAUCACUGUCAGCCAGGAGCACUUCCUGUACGGGCAGGAAGUCAGAACCAACAACAGUUUACAGUGGCAGGUGCCGUUGACGGUUGCUGUGGGAAACGCAUCCAGGGUUUGUUCAGAGAGCCUCAUCUGGAUCAACAACAAGACAGAAACCCACAGGAUUGGUCAGAUGGACGACAAAACCUGGUUGCUGGGCAACAUCAACCAGACAGGCUACUUCCGUGUGAACUAUGACCUCCAGAACUGGAAGCUGCUGAUUCAACAGCUCCACACCAACCCUCAAAUCAUCUCCAUUGGAAACAGGGCAGGACUUAUCGAUGAUGCCUUCAACCUGGCCAGGGCUGGAUACCUCCCACAAGGUGUUCCCUUACAGCUAAUUGGCUAUCUGCCGGAGGAGACGUCCUUCCUGCCGUGGCACGCCGCCAGCCGAGCGCUGUACCAGCUGGACAAACUGCUGGACCGCACAGACGAAUACAGCCUGUUCAGUGAUUAUGUGCUGAAGCAGGUUGCAUCACGGUACCAUCAGAUGGGUUGGCCAACAAACGGUCCCGGCAACGAGGGCAACGUCCUGCAGGCGUCCUACCAGACUGAGGAGUUACAGAGGGAGCUCAUCAUGUUAGCUUGUAGCUUUGGGAACAAGCAGUGCCACCGUCAGGCCGUCGCUUACAUCUCUGACUGGAUCUCCAGCAACAAGAACAGGAUUCCUCCCAACAUCAGAGACAUAGUUUACUGCACUGGGGUCAGCCUGAUGGACGAGGAUGUGUGGGAGUUCAUCUGGAUGAAGUUUCACUCGUCCAACGCCGUUUCAGAGAAGAAGAUCCUGCUGGAGGCUCUGACCUGCUCGGACAACAUCUUCCUCCUCAACAGGUUACUGAACCUGUCUUUGACCUCCGACCUGGUCCCCGAGCAGGACGUGAUCGACGUCAUCAUCCACGUGGGUAGAAACCCGCAGGGUCGAAACCUCGCCUGGAAGUAUUUCAGAGAAAAGUGGGACAUCCUGAACGCGCGUUAUGGUGAAGCGCUGUUCAUGAAUUCAAAGCUCAUUGGCGGAGUCACCGAGUUCCUGAACACUGACAGAGAACUCAAUGAGUUAAAGGAGUUCAUCCAGUCCAGUGGCGUGGGGGCGGGGCCUGCGUUGCCGCGGGCGCUGGAGAUCGUUGAGGGCAACGUGCGCUGGCACCGCCUCCACCGGCGGCAGUUCUACCAGUGGCUGCGUAAACCUCCGAACCCCGGCCUCGGCUAACGCUGCACGAGCUAGCUAGAGCGAGGCGACGGCAAACUGACUGCUGAGCUAACGCUAACACACUGCUAGUUUACAGAUGCUGUCAGAGAAUGAAAAAGAGUUACUGAAUGAAAGAGAAAGACUGACUUGACUGGUUGUUCAGCUGGUUUCUCUACUGGUUUUGCUUUUAAAAACGUAUUAUUUCAGAUGGAUUAUUCGUGUGGUUCAACUGGUUUCUGCGCUGUGAAAAAGUACAAUUUAUGUGACUAAACCUGCUAGCUAGUGGUCACUGAUUCAGCUAUUGCUGGCUAUAGCAGCUAGCCUCGAAACAAUGCAUUGAAAUUAUUUAAGAAAAUUCUUGAAUUUGGCAAAAAUUAGAUACUACAGCAGUAGCUAAUGGUUGGUACUGUUGCUUAUUGAAUUAAAAACCAAAAACUAUGUUUCCAGGAAGUUUUCUCUAAACUACAAAACAACCAACUUUUAAUACUUUUAUUAAUACGUAAUUAAGACUUUGUGGAACCUUCCUUACAUACGUGAUAUACUGAAAGUUAGAAGUACGAUAUGUGUUGUGAUGUGACCUUACGUUAAAAUAUUAAAUGUUUGGUCAGGUGACACUGGCAUUGAGCUUUCCAAAAUAAAAUACCGAAAUGUAUCGCUCUUAAAGGAACAAGCACAAUCUCUUACACGAUGAAGAUUCAUAUCUGUAGUUUUCUGUAUUUUGAUGGCUGGCUAAAGAUGAAGCUUGUGUUUUCAGCCCCCUCCUCCCUUCGGAGCCAAUCCAAAUUCCUCACUAACCCAGAACAGUUUAAAUCGGACCUUCCUGUGUUCGCUACAUUAAACCAGCUGACAGUAAAAGGCAGAUUUCCCAGCAGUCGGCUGCAUGUCGAUCAUUGAACAGAGUUGUAAUUAACACUACAUGGACUUUGUGUCCUCUGAUCACAGCACUCAGAGGACUCAUUCAAACUCAUUAACUUGCCACAACAUUCAAACCGCUUCAGCUUGAAUUUGAAAAAACAGCAGCUUUGUGUGUUUGUGGGGUUUUUUUAAGGAUCAAAAACAACAGCAGUUUGGAAAAUAUCAGCGGGUUUGGGAGGCUUUGCUGGGGCUUUCACUUUAGAAAUGUACUUUGAAUAUAAAAGCUCAUUAUAACUUUUCAAAAUUUUACUCUAAACCACAGAGAACAGCGAAUUAUUUUCCACUAAAAAGCAGCAACAUUGUGGUCUGGGUUUUUUUUGUGUUUGAACCAGUGGAGCUGGAAAACAUUUUAAACAGCGAAAAAAGUGUUUGUUUUACUCACAUAAAAGGUAGAAACAGAGACUGAGGAUCUGACAUUAUAGAUAUUGUGUAGAAGUUGGAUCGACAAACAAAAAACAAAGAUGUGAAAGUACCAGUUUCCAUUUUCCAAUCUCCCACGUGAGAAGUAUAUAUAUAUAUAUAUAACUCUGUAUUCUGUGACAUCAAUAAAUUUAAAUGUUUUUACCUGAUGUGAAGUGGAAAAAUCUAAUGAUUAUUGAAAUACAACAUAAUAACUCCCUUUUGAAGGAUAUUUGGAUACAUUUGAUGGUUUACGAGCCAUAAAAAUCGAUCAAAUCAAGACAAGAGACAAGAGUUGUUUCUUCUAACUGGUAUUUUAUUCCUAGUAAUCUGUUGUUGAUUCAGAAAAACAACACAACGAGUCCAUAAAUUACGAAGUGUAGGUCCAGUUCUUCCUCAUUUUUGAAUGUCAGACUUUGCUGUUUUAGAAACUCCUUUGUUCACUCUUUACUUUUAUUUUGUAGUAAACUAAGAUAGCAGAAAACUACCAAACAGGGUCACAGCUGACAUGGUUUCAUAUCAAAUUAAUGCAUCUGUCCUUACGGUCAGUGUACUUUGAGGCCAAACAAAUUGUUUGCCAACUACCAUCUAUAGGUAAAGGAACAAAGAACGGAAAACAACCCAUUUUCCAUUUGAUUUUUGUUUCGAAAAUAAAAAUGGAAAUAUAAAAACUACUUACAAAAAUCUGUUGGCCACAAACUACACUGACCCACCAGCAUAGAGAAAGCCUUACAUAAUGGAAUCUGUAGCCAAAACUACAACAAAGUACAUACGUCACACAUUUACAAAUUCAGACACUAGUGGUAGAAAGUAAACCACUAAACUAAAAUAAGGAACGAUUUUUGACACAGCUUAUGUUUAAAUUGUUUGCCCUAAACUCCACCCUAAUUAAAUCUAUCACCCAAUGAGUUUGCUCCUUAUCUAGUGACCUUGUAAAUAAAACCUGACAGUAACUCCUAAGAGUCAGGGGGGACUGACGACUGACGACAGACUGCAACCACGGAGAUUAAAACUGACCAAAUCUGAACACAUUGGUGGUUUCACAAAGCACAAAACCAGAAAGUUGUUGGAUGAAUCGGCCUCAAGCUGCUGGACAGAAGGAUUUUUUUUUUUUUUUUAGCCAAUCAAUGGUUAGCUUUUCAAUCAAACCCCUUUUUUCUGUCCCCAGAUUGACGAAUAAACGAGUGGGUAGUGAAAUAGGGGGCAAGGAAAUGGCCAACGAGACAAUUAAGAACUAUCUGGGUGUCAUUAUAUGCAGAUGAUGCUGCUUUUUAAAUGGGACUGUAAUAACUGCAUAAGGGGAAAUGACAGACUCGAGGCUCAUAGUCGGUGGACUUUUACAGCUCAUGUGACAAGAUUCAGACACAGUGGAGGAAUUUACAGCAUGACAGAUUCUGCAGCAUGAUGGAUUCUGUGGUGUGAUGUGGAUUUACAGCGAAAGAGUUUGGUGGACAACUUUGUUUGUGUAGGAUUUUUGAUGGCGAGAUGAAAACGGACAUCAUGUGAUAGUAUUUACAGCCCUAAUGACUGUUCACUCCACAGUUUGACAGGUUUAAGUCUUGGGUGCGACAGAACCUUGUUGACGGAGAAAAUGUCUGAUUCUGUGAAGGUUUAUCAAAGAAAGUAUGACGGACUCAACAGGUCAACAGAUUUUCAAGCAGCCUGGAUUGUACAGUAUAAAGACGGAUUUUACAGGGUCGUAGAUGUCUGCCCCCCCCAGAGUGUGGAAACAAUGAGCUGGACACAGGAAGCGCUGAAAAAAUACACCUGUAUGAACUUUUUGGGGUGGACCAACUUGGAGAAAAGGACUUAAAAAGAAUUAUAAUGAACUUUUUAAAAGUCUGGUGGGCUGAUCCUCCGUCCUGUUGAACAGACAUUUUGAAGUUAUUCCCCUUCUGUUAGAUCCGGCUUUGAUGUUUGAUAAUUGAGCCAUAUAUGAAUUAACGGGCCUGCCUGCUUCUUUACACUGUGUGUCCAGUGAUGUGUGUGUGUGUGUGUGUGUGUGUGUGUGUGUGUGUGUGUGUGUGUGUGUGUGUGUGUGUGAUGAUGAUGAUGAAGAUAACAGCAGCACUGGUGGCGAUGAUGACUGCUGUGCCAGUCACGAUGAUUAAAAUUAUGAUAAUUAAAGUUAUUAUGAUUAUGAUCAAGACUGAGGACGAUGAGGACGAUCAAGUCAGUAACUGUUGAUGUGAAAAAGCUAAUUAGUAUUAUUAUAAUUAUUAUGCUAAUUAUUCAGUGCAUUUUCCACCUGUAUUGUCCUGUCAGGGAAACUUGGUUUACAGACAAGCACACAACAAAUCUGCCCCAUGUACAAUAAACACUGUAAAACAUACAAAUAUUUAAAAUUAAAAUGUGGAAUUUGAUAAUGUUGAAGUGGAUGUAAAAAGGUGUUAUUAUGAUCAUGAUGAUGGUAACGAUGAGGAAGUAACGACGACGACGACGACCAAAAUGUGAUGGAAACAGGAAGUUACAGAGCAGAGUUUCAUCCUACUUCCUGUUUGCACUGCUGUGGUUUCCUAUGUUUUCUGAUUGGACGAUAUUAAAAUGGUUAACCUUG